AUGUCUGAAUACAGAGAAAUUCGUGAAUUUUCUAUUUUUGACAAGAAAUUUAUUCCUGGUGGUUUUGAGACACCUCUUACCAAUCUAUCUUUCUCUAUUUCAACGAUUAAUUUAACUGAAUUUUGUUUUAAUGAUAAUCCUGUGUCACCCACUUCAAGUUCUUUAUCUCAAGAAAUUUUUGAUUUAACCGGACCUCAAUUUUGGCCAACAUCAAAACCUGUAAAAAAAACCAAUUUUUGGAAAAAAAUAUGGUCAAAGAUAUCUAAUUCAUCAACAUCAACAAAUGGAUUUUUUAUUAUGAGAUCAAAAAGACGUACGUCGAAUGUUAGUGAGAGUAGUAUCCUUACUGCGCGUUCGACCCAAGAAUCCGACCUCAGAACAAAUGAUGGAGGAAAUCAAGCACCGCCGACAACAAUUUUACCUACCGCUACAGAGAUAAAUCCAAUACGUUCACUAUGCAAGCAGGAUUCAGCGGAUACAACAUUUAAUAAUAUCGAUAAAGCACUUAUAAUUCGUUCUCGUCAUCAUAGUAUCUCAUAUCCUCUUCGUGAUCUUAAACAUCCAAAUCCAACACCUGAUGAACAAAUUUCUU